AUGGCCGAGUCUCUAAGCCAGUCCUCGAGCCCGGUACAGUCGAUUCGUCGCUCGUUUACUCUCCCCACAAAGUUAAAUCCGCAGGCGCAACGCGGUUCGGCUGCGCCCAAUCUGUCGGGAAACGUCAUUUACUAUCAUCCCUCAGCAAAGAUUGUUCAUUUCGCUCCCAGGGCACUCGUCCCGAUUCCGUCGAGCUCCGUACCCUCCGAUUUCGACUACCCCGUUGAUACCAUAGAGACGCUCCCCUGGCGCUCCGCCACCGAACGAACCGUCGCAACCGCACCACUGAGGCUGGAGAGGGGAUUAACUGUAUUUCUGAAGUGUGGAAAUGUCGUUCAUGCAAUCUUGAAAAACUCCCAGUGCUGGUGUGUGGACGGGGUGUCCAAGUUUGUUUUGCGCAUACGCCCUCUCACCUAUUAUCGGAUCGAGAUCCCACAUGAAACUGCAGAGGAUAAGGCUUUAGUGGAGGAUCUAAAGGCUGCGCUGCCGACUGUGCUCCGAUAUGAAGUUACGCCGUGUCCUUUUAAGCGGGCAUUUACUAUCGAGUUGCCUGAGGAUGCCAUGGCACCGCGGCGCAAGAAGGCAUGGAAACCCAAGGAACGGAAGGAUAGCCUCCGUCACAUCCCGGAAAGCAACCAACUCUUCCCCUUUGAUGCCAAGUCCGAUUGGCUCGAUUCCGCUAGUACUGGGGAGGACACCGAUGGAGCUGCCACAGAUGAGAGUGGGUUGAUUCCCCAGGAAACGAACAGCACAACAUCCGAGGCUGUGCCAGCCGUUGAACAAGCACCAUCUCCCGUCAAUAGCUUCGAGCUACCUUCUCACCCGUCACCGAUUAGGCGCUCCGUUACAGAGUCGCCGCAAACCUUCACCAGCCUGCUGGCGAAAUUUGAUGGCACCCCUGUUCCCGCGGAAGCUCCUACUUCAGAAAGAUUAGUUAAAGAAGAAGAAGAAGAGGUGGAGGAAGAGGAAGAAGAAGAUGAUGAAGAUGAAGCCCCGGCUGUUGACGAACCUAUGACCGCAAAGUAUGGUCCGGUGGUUCAGGAAGACGAGCAUCCGGAGAAAACUUCUGACCCGAUCGAAACUGUUGAUCUCCAAGAUUCCUCAACGCCAGAGAAACCAAAUGACGAAGAUACUUCGCCUUCCGUGGAAUCGUCGAAAUUGGCAGCAGUUGUGCAAGACGAAUCUCUAGAUGCACAGGAACCGCGGGGCCAGGCAGAGUCCCCGAUACCUCCAAAGCCUCUGCUUCUAGAAGAUGCUCCCAGCACGGUUCCGCCAGAAGCAUCCCAGAGUCCCCAUGAGAUCUCUCACUCGAAACGAAAAGAAGCAGAACCCAGUUUUGAAGACCCUCUGGGUUCUCAAAGAGUUCCCACCCCGCUGGAAAUAGUGGAAAUGCCAAUCUCAUCAGAAAAUGUAGCCCUGGAAGAGAUCUCAAUGCCAAAAGAUCCACAGGUUCCGGAAGAUUCCCAGCUUCCAGACGAAGAGUCCGAGUCUAAACCGGAACCUGACAUUGAUAAUAACAUUUCUUUUGCGUCUACGCCGGAAUCAUUCCAUUCUGCGACGGGCACGCACUCUGCUCAUGCAGCCCCAACGGAGAUUUACGAUCCUGCUGUCAAAGCGGGAACCUCAGUCGCUGCCUCUGUGGCUGAACUCUCUGCAAAGCAGACGUCUGAAUCUGCACCGUCCAGGAACACCCUGCCGGGAGUUGAUGCUACUUGCAUCAACCACUCACCCACAAAGAUCGAAGACGAUCUACCUGAGGCGGCACUAAAGAUGCCAAAGUACAUAGUUCGAGAGGAUCCGCCAAAGAAGCCUUCGUUGAGCAUAUCUUCGAACAGAGAUUGCCCGGUUGCAAGUCCUACAUCACCUACCACGGAUUUUCAACAUAUGAGCACUGAAUUUCGCCGCCGAGCGCAAGCAACCAGGCGGAGUGAUGUCUCUCCUAUACCCUCAUCCUCUGCGUUAUGCCAGCCGGCAUCGAACGAGCACACUUCUUCCCUCCUUUCCAAGGCACUAUUCCUCGUGUUGGUACCUCCGAUCCAACUUUUCAUUAUUUUGCUCCACGUUGCUGCUCGCAUUGUCAUCAGCCCUGCCCUUAAUUCUACCCUGGGCGAGUUCAGCUCAAACUCGCGUUCACCCAAGGAGCCCGUGACUGAAGAUGACUUCAGCUUCCCCUUAGAACGCGAACCCUCGUCCGAAUAUGAGGACGCUGAAAUGUCCAAGAAGUUAGAUCCCUGGGAUCUCGACUAA